AUGUACCACAAGUCACUCUUCCCUGACCUGCCAAAGGUCCCCGAAUCAAAUGUUCACCACCUGCUUUUUAACCGACCUGACCAGCGGGAGUGGCCAGAUUACACUUUAUUCGUGAAUGUGGCUACUGGCCAGCGCCGUUCGUUCAGGGAGUUCAUCGAGCGUGUUCGCGACGGCGCUACUGCAUUAGGUGCUGAUGUGACUCAGGGUGGCCUAGGUCUUCGCCCAGAGAAUGGAGAUGUUAUAGGCAUUUUGAGCGAGAACUGUCCAGACUACAUAGCUCUGAUACAUUCGCUACUAGUUAUCACAGUCCCGUUUGCAUUGUUCUCGUCCUAUUCAACACCGUAUGAGUUCAAACACGCCAGUUCCCUCGCACAAGCGACUAGGAUCUUUACCAGUCCUUCGUUACUGCAACUGGCGUUGACUUCGGGUCUCCCCGCAGAUCGGAUAUACCUCCUAGAAGGAGAGAACAAAGGCUAUACAAGCUACGAUCAGCUCAUCUCUUCUGCUCGAAAGAAUAGCAUUCCACGUCUGCCAGUCCGUCAUGCUACCAAGGACACUCUGGCUUACCUGAUCUAUUCCAGUGGAACAAGCGGUCCUCCCAAAGCCGUCAUGGCGUCCCAUGGAAAUAUCACUUGUGCCACCCUCUCAACGAUGGUGAACGGCAUGGAAAUGGCUAAAACUCAGGCUCCACCAGUAUGGAACACCCCUGAUGGGCUACAAGUAACCUUCAACGUUCUUCCCGUCUAUCACUCUCUCGGCCUUUACACGACCACCUUCUUCAGCUUCUUUAAUCCCUCCACGAUUAUCAUGCUCCCGAAAUGGGACAUUGAUUUAUUCUUUGACAGCGUCCCGAAGUAUCACAUUACGACCAUAAUCCUCGUCCCAUCCCUUGUGCACCAGCUUGUUCACCAUCCACGCUUCAAAACUAAUGAUCUGAACUCGGUCAAGACAAUCGCAAGCGGCGCUGCGUACCUCCCGCCCCAGCUCUCCGACCAGAUUCUCGUCCGUUUCACAGACAUGCCAAGAGUUACCGAAGGCUACGGCCUCUCCGAAUUCACAAUGGCAAUAGCCAUGAAGCCCAUCCCUGGCAUGCUCGAUGGACGCGCCAAGAAUAAGCCUGGCUCUGCCGGAAUUCUCGUCCCUGGUGUCGAAGCUCGCAUUGUCCGUCCCGACGGGUCCCUUGCGGGCCCGAACGAGCCGGGUGAGCUUCUCGUCCGCGGAGGCUGUGUGGCGCUGGGAUACAAGGGAAACGACAAGGCCACUCGGGAAACAUUUGUCGAUGGGUGGGUACGCACGGGUGACCAAAUGCGGAUCGAUGAGGACGAGGUGCUUUUCUUCGAAGACCGCACCAAGGCAAGCUGCGCCAUCCACGCACACAACUCGGACACGCUCAAAAUCUCAGGGAUGCAAGUCUCCCCCGUCGAAAUCGAGAACACGAUCCUGGCGCAGCCCGACAAGCUCGUUACUGAUGUGACUGUCGCGGGCAUUUCGGGUGGACGUACUUCGGAUGAACGCAUCCCGCGUGCAUGGAUUGUACUAUCCCCAGCGGGCGCAGCGCUGGGUGAGAGAGAGGUUGUGGCACGGCUUGAUGCUUGGGUGCAAGAGCGCCUGAGUCGGUAUAAGUGGUUGAGGGGAGGCAUUGGCAUUGUGCAGGCGAUUCCGAAGUCGCCAACUGGGAAGGUGUUGAGGCGGGUGUUGGUGGAGGGAUAUGAAAAAGAGGUGAAAGCGAAUGCGAAAUUGUGAAGUGUCACGUAUGUUUCUCUCGAUACCGUUGACCGAUGGGUCAUCAUUGUGCGACUUGCAAUCAUAUUAUGUUAACCGCUGUAUCUGCUUUGGAAAUGAUUUAACUUCGAACACUGGCUCAGACAGUGUGGACCUAG